UGAAAAAGAUAUGCCGUUGUCAUGGCGACACUUCCGUCAACUGAACUAGCUAAGUUGAAUUCGUUAUUUCAGAGAAAGAGAAAGUGUAUGUUGUUCACGGACUACAACACUACAAUGACCGAACAGCCAACCACUGUGGACAACAACGUCGGGAAAUGUAUGUUACACAACUGGGUAGAAGAGAGGGCUGUUGCUGCUCUCAACGAUAAGGAGACGAGGACUCAAAUCCAGAAACAUGGACACAGAGGGAUUCUCACAUUGGACCAGGAGUCUAAAAUGGAGACUGUUAGCACACUGAAAGCAACGUACAUCCCUCCGAAAAGUCCAGGGGUGAGGCUGCGGGGCAUCCGAGGAGAGCUUUUGGAAAAACAUAUUGCCCAGAUGAUAAGAGAGAAGGUUCACGCUGAACUGAAACCACCGAGUCCCAAAACCGACUUCUGCUCCACAACCCAGAAAGAUUUCUGUGUGGAGGGAUUUGUGCAUCUUACCCCUCAAACAACACAAGUUCAUGAUUAUAAAAAUGACCAGGCGGUCACCUUUUGGAGUGAAAAUUGCCAGCAAGUACAGGGUGUGACUGCCAUUAAGACCCUGAAAGCACCUUUCCGGAAGUCGGCCCAGUUCAGCACUCCCAUCAGUGAGCGGCUGGAUGAAAUCGAGCUUCCACCUGAUAACUGAGACUGUAUGCUGGAGUAUCACAUUACGUUGCUUCAUUACCAGUUAAUAUUAAAGUUCUAACCCACUUUAAGGCUUGUUGAUAUUCUCAAGACAGGGACACUUUUUCGGCUGUGGAGAACAGUGAAGUCAAUGGAAGUAUCUACUCUACAGAUCACAUGGUUAAUAAAAAAAUCUGAUGAGUAUAGUUCCAGUAUUUCUGCCUGAAAAAACACAUCUAUAAUAGCU